AUGGGGGAUCAGAGUAGAGGUCCUGGCGCAACGGGGACAGGUGACCCCCCCCUCCUCCCCUCCACCAUUGAGGAGAUAUCAUGUGUGGACUCCUUUCAAAACGUCCUUGGAAAAUUAAUCACAUGUAUUAUAGAGACUGUUAACGAUGGUAAACAUGUUACUGCUGCCAACAGAAGAAAGAUCGUUGCGGCUGCCGAGGAAAUCCGCUCAGCAGCCCGCAUAUUACCUGGCGUCAUUGGCGCACCACUCCAGUCGUCUCCGCAAUCUUCCAUCGCCUCCGAUGACCUUAAAAGGGACAUUAUUGAUGCGGUGCGAAAGGAGAUGACCAGCUUCAAGCAGCAGCUCGCUGCUGCCCACCAGCCAUCACCCAUCAUGACUCAUGCCCAGGCAGUCCGUGCAACUCCUUCUCGGUCUGUAACUUUCCCGACAGCUUCCCCUCCCACCCCUCCCGUCUCCAAACCCGCUCUCAUCGUUUCAUCGAAGAAAGACUCUUCAUCUUCCUCUGAUACGUUAAACUGCUGGAGGAAGAACGUGUCCUUCCGGGACACUAACUUCGCCCCGGCGGGCGUCCACUUUGUCUCGAAUGGCAAGCUGCGCGUCGAGUUCGACCGUCCAGAACAACUGGAGGUCGCCAUGAAGAAGAUUGGGGAGUCCAACCCCGAGAUCCAGGCCGAAGUCUCUCGUAAGUUAAGACCUAUGUUUAUUGUUAAGGGUGUUAGCUCUGAUAUCUCCGCCACUGAUCUUAAAUAUAUAAUUAUUAAUCAAAACGAAAAUAUCAAAGCUAACAUCCGAAACGAAGCCGACGUUGAGUUUAAGUUUAAACGACCCAAUAGAAACUCAAACCUCUAUAAUGCUGUAUUUGUCUCUGCUCCUUACCUUUGGCGUCAUAUCGUUCAAUCACUUAAGCUCAACAUCGACCAUCAACGUGUACACGUUGAAGAUUUCACCCCGCUUUUGCAAUGUUUUAAAUGCUUAAAAUUCGGACACACCCCUUAUAACAACGAGAAGAACGGUGGAAGCAAGGGGCCUCUAGAUCACGGGGCAGCUUCAGAUGCUUGUCCAAGGAAGCAGUUUAUGGUCGGCCGUACUAAGUCCAAGGACAUACAGGACGAGUUUACAGAUGAGGUCGGGAGGGAGCUCCCCUCCGUAGAGACCAUUAACUCCGCGAACUCACACGAUCUAGAUAUAAUUAUUAAUAAACUUACCUCGACUCUGCAAAGAACAUGCGAUAAAUUCCUCCCCCGGUCCCGUCAUGCCCCUCCCAAAGCUCCCUUCUGGAACGAAAAUUUACAAUUAUUAAAGGAAAAAGUACUUCACGCUCACCACAGGUUGUGCCGAUUCGUACGGCGCAAACUACCCCUUAACGACGUUAUCGCUGAGAGGGAUAGAGCUCGAAAGGAUUAUUCAAUCGCUUUUUGCGCCGCCUCGACCGAACAUUUUAAAGAAUUUUGUACCAGACAAACUAAAGAGGAUGUCUGGUCGGUAACUAAUCGUAUAAUUAAAAUUAAACCCCUCUCUCAACCACCCUCUACCCUCCGUCUCAGUGACGGCUCCUACACCACCUCCACGCACGACACUGCUGACGCUCUAAUUAGAAAUUUUUUCCCCGACGACUCUAAUGACGUAACUGACGCUCAAAUCGCUACUAGGACAUUAAUGAGUCAACCUAUUAAUACACCUCCCGAACCUAAUUUUACUUAUAUUGAAAUACUUAAUGGACUCCGACAAAUGAAUCACAAAAAAGCCCCUGGAAUUGACCACUUGACCUCUGACAUAUGUUUACAGUUUGCUACUUGUUUCCCCGACUUUAUUACAACUUUAUACAAUAGAUGCCUUACUUUAUUAUAUUUCCCUCGUCCCUGGAAACACGCCGUAGUCAAAAUCAUCCCUAAGCCCGGCAAAGAUAAUUACUCUCAACUAUCCUCCUUUCGCCCUAUCGGACUCAUUAAUGUUCUCGGAAAAUUACUCGAAAGACUUAUAAUUGACCGACUUACCUUUCACCUUAAUCGACUACGACUCAGCAAUCCUCGACAGUUCGGGUUUAAACAGCAGACUUCCACUUCUAAAGCUAUCAUUACAGCUUUAGAUUUAAUAAGAUCUAAGAAGGCACGCGGGGAGCACGUUAUCGCUGUGUCCCUCGAUAUCAAAGCCGCGUUUGAUAACGCGUGGUGGCCUGCUGUUUUCGCCCGACUACGACAUUAUGACUGCCCUAGCAAUAUAUAUUAUAUACUCCUCAAUUAUAUACAAAAUAGAACAGUAGGUAUCGACUUUUCCGACAUAUCUGUGACUAAGACUAUGCGCAGGGGUUGCGUGCAGGGUUCCGUAUGUGGUCCCACUAUGUGGAACCUAAUUAUGGACGAACUACUUGACAUUGACCUCCCCACUGGCUGCCAUAUUCAGGCCUACGCUGACGAUGUCCUACUCAUCACUCACUCAUCAUCCCUCUCCGACUUACAGACUAUAACUAACAAUGCACUUGACUUAAUCUAUAACUGGGGUUCAAACGUUAAAUUACGCUUUGGCCCUGAGAAGACAACCCUAACCGCGUUCACCAAUAAAGCAAACUCAGUUAGCGUUAUCAUGAAUAAUGUACAGUUAGAAUUUAUAGUUCAUGGUUUCCGCACUCUCAGCACUAUUACUUCUAUUUCUAUAGCUCAACUCAUCCCUCUCCCUGAAAAGAUAAAGUCCGUCGCAACCAUCGAAACCUCUAAACACCUUGGUUACUCCUCUUUCCUUCCCUCUGAUAUUCCACUAGAAAAACCCUCUCCCCCGUCGUCUCUAUUACAUCCGUCCCUUCGCACCCCUAUCACCUUCACCGAGAUUAGCUCGAUGGAGGAAUUCUCAUCCCUUAGCAUAAAUUAUUCCUACCAUAUAUUCACAGAUGGCAGUAAACACGAUGGCGUUGUUGGCGCGGCAUUUGUGGCAUUUGAUCCAUGCGAAGUUUACGUCACUAAAAAAUUUAAAUUACACCCCUCCUGUUCUGUAUUUCAAGCUGAAAUGCUUGCAAUCCACAAAGCAUGCGAGUGGAUUGCCUCCAAUAGUAAUAACAUUAACUCCUGUAUCAUUUUCUCAGACAGUAAAUCUUCUUUACAAGAAUUAUCAAACCCAUAUUCAUAUAAUACUUUUGCCGUUAACAUCUUUCACCUCCUACAUACUUUAUCGUCUAGUAAUAUUAAUGUCGGCUUCGCAUGGGUCAAGGCACACAUAGGCAUAGCUGGCAAUGAGAUCGCUGACAUUGCUGCGAAAUCUGCUGCCUCCCUUCAUAAAUCACCUGACUUUAUCCACACCCCUAUUUCCCACAUUAAACUCCGUUUACGCGACUCACUUAUGGACUCUAGGAAAUCAUUCUACGAACAACCCCUUACCUCUUGUCAUACUAAAAAAUACCUUCCGACAUUUGAUGACCUCUCCGCAUUCCUCUCCGUUAUUAAACCCUCCUUUGCCAUAACUCAAUUUCUUACAAAUCACUCCUUCAACAAAUCUUACCUCCAUAGAUUCAACAUAACGCCCGACGAUCUCUGCCCUUGUGAUAGUGCUGAGAAACAAACAUUUGAUCAUCUAAUAUUCUCUUGUCCACGUUUUAGUAACACCCGUUUAGAUUUCUAUAUUUCUUGUAAUAAUUUUAAAAUUGACGUACAACAGCCCCAGUUUUUAAUCAAAGUAAUUAAGAAAUGUGAAACAACAGAACUAUUCACUAAACAUAUAGAAAAUAUUGUAAAUAACCUCAAAGCAUUUAAUAAUACCUAG